AUUCCCAUUAGCAAACAAUUAAACAAGAGAAAGGAGCAAAGUACCAUUACCAUAACAAUAUCAUCAUUGAUAAACAACAACAUAUUUGAAUAAAUUUCAAGUAUCUAACUUGUCCUGCUUAAGCCCAAUCAACUAUAAGUAAAAUGGCAAAAUGAGAGUAAUUGGAAAUAGUGAGGGUACUUACGUCAUACAAGUUUUUCCCUUUGUCGUUUUAACAACUUUCUUGCAUAGAUUUUUCGAAGAAUUCAAUGUUCCGGAUUAUGUGAGUUGGAGAUAGAUAGAUAGAGAACUGUUUUUUCUUUUGUUUGGCUGGCUGGAGCUUAAUAAUAGCAAUGGCCAUAGCUGUGCAAGUCUCUCCUCUGUUUUCUGCUACUUCCCUUAUCAGUAGGAGAAGCAUCAACAAUUACUAUAUUGGUUCCAUUCGACCCCCCAAAUCAAGUUUUAAACGCUUCAAGACCAGAGCCAUCAAAGAGAAAACAGAAGAAACGAAUAUCCCAUCACCUUCUUCAUCUUCUUCACCCGAGGAAAUUGUCAAGAAGUAUGGUCUCGAAGUAGGUCUUUGGAAGAUAUUCAGCUCAAAAGAGGGAAGGACUGAAGAUGAUGGAGAGGAAAAGAAAUCAAAGGGAGAACAAGCCAAGGAGCUGCUAGCAAAAUAUGGAGGGGCAUACCUGGCCACCUCCAUUACACUGUCCUUGAUCUCCUUCUCUCUCUGUUAUGCACUCAUUAGUGCAGGCAUCGAUGUCCAAGCUUUGCUGCAAAAGGUGGGAAUUUCCACUGAUGAGACGGGGGAAAAAGUUGGGACCUUUGCUUUGGCAUAUGCUGCACACAAGGCUGCAUCUCCAAUAAGGUUCCCCCCGACUGUAGCUCUGACUCCCAUUGUCGCCAGUUGGAUUGGCAAGAAAGUUGAUAAAGAGAAGUAAUUCAUCCACUCAUUCCCAGCUUGCAUGCCAUCCAUUAACCCAAUGAAUUUUUUUUUUUUUUUUUUGCGACACCUGUUAGGUUUCUUUUCUCAUAAAAUAUGUAAGGGUUCAUCCAUAAAGUAUGCUAAUCACAUUCUACAUGAAGCUUAGACUUUUCAUUUGGAACUCUUGAACACAAACAACACAGAAAGCUGUAAUUCAAUUCAAGAGAUCUGGAAGAUUGCAGUCA